AUGUCAACUAUUAGUGGUUGUUCAACAGUAUCACAGGCACAAAACUAUUGUUUGAGGAUUGAUAUGCCAAUCGUAAUGGAUAUCAACAAGGUGGCUCAAGCAGAGGAUGGAAUUCACAUAAUGAAUUCUCAACUUUAUGGAGCCGUAACAAGUGGGGAUCCUGUUAGGUGGAGAUCGGAACUAGAAUCAAACAAUUUGGAGCAACUGAGCCCUCAAGGGAACACGGUUCUUCACCUUGCCAUCAGUUUAGGCCAUCACCAGCUUGUGGAAUCCAUCCUCCAACGCUGCUCUCCCAACCUGUUCAGCACUAAAAACUCCGCCGGGAAACUUGCUCUCCAUUUGGCUGCUGCUUCUGGGAAUCUAUCCACACUUGAGUCUCUGCUUCGUCAUGCCGCCAAACUGCAGCUUGAGGGCUACAACACUACUACUUGUGUAAAUGGGGACCAAUAUUUUAAUCAGUACCUACAAGCAGUACUCAUGGAAAAAGAUUCCGAAAUGAAUACUGCACUGCAUGUGGCCAUGAAAUAUCAACACUACAAAUUGGCUAUAUUGUUAGUUGAAAAGAACCCACAAGUGUCCACAUGUCCAAAUAAAGAAAAAAUGUCCCCCCUGUAUAUGGCUGCCGAAGCAGGACAACUGAAGCUUGUUGAGCUGAUGAUGCAAAAUGGAGCAGUUGACAUAAGAGCCCUGCAAGGCAAGUCAGUUGUGCACGCUGCCAUCAAAGCAAGAAACAAAGAUGUCCUAAAGGCUGUGUUGAAGCACGAAUCAACAUACUUUUCUGCAUAUGAUGAAGAUGGGAGGACUCCUCUUUCCUUUGCAUCAUCAAUAGGUUACUUUAAAGGGGUUCGCUGCUUUCUAAAGAAAUGGCGUGAAGCUAUAUACAUAAGAGAUGCGGAUGGGUCAUUACCCAUUCAUUUGGCAUCGAUGAGGGGGCAUGUCAAGAUUAUAAAAAAGUUCCUCAAGUAUAGCCCCGAUUCAAGGGAGUUGGUCAACAAAGAUGGUCAGAACAUUCUUCAUGUGGCUGCUAUGAACGGGAAAGCCAAUGUAGUCUCUUAUGUCCUUAAAAAGCACGAGCUUGCAAUGCUCAUCAAUCAAAGAGAUGAAAAAGACGGAAACACUCCAUUGCAUUUGGCCAGCAAAGGAGAGCAUGCUCGGAUUGUGCAUAUUCUGACGUGGGACAAGAGAGUUAACUUAGAGAUCACAAAUGAUAUUGGCUUAACGGCUCUUGAUGUUGCAACAGAUGAUCCUCGGGAUACCACAUUUCAAAAGCGGUUGACAUGGCUAUCCUUGAGAUAUGCUGGUGCACCACAAACAGAGGCGCAGAAGACAAGAAGAAGUACAGCAGAUCAUGAGUUUGAUAAUAUCAAUGCUGGUGAGAGUCCUAGGGUAAACACUCUUUUGUUGGUGGCGACGCUAGUAGCCACCGUGACCUUUGCAGCUGGUUUUACCGUGCCAGGUGGGAAUUACGGUACUGAUGAUCCAUACCAAGCUGGCAUGGCAACUCUGGUGAAAAGGCACAUGUUUCAUUUUUUCCUGAUAACAAACACAAUAUCUUUGUAUAGUUCGGUCAUCGUAGCCAUUUGUCUCAUUUGGGCAAUGUUGAAUAAUAUACAUUUGAGCCUUUAUUCACUAAAAUGGGCAAUUCCGUUGGGGCUGGGAAUCUCUCUUUUAAUGGUCUCCUUGGCAUUCAUGGCAGCUGUAUUUCUGGUGGUGAGGAAUAUUACUUGGCUUGCCGCUCUUGUUCUUAUAAUAGGUUCAAUCUCAACCCUCAGCCUUUGGUUAGUAUUUGUUCCGCUUUCCUUUCCCAAUUCCUUGAAGAAUCGUGUCGCUCGAAACAUCUUUCGCUAUCCACUUUAUCUUAUGGCAUUAGUAACCGAAGAAUAG